GUUAUUUUUUCCGCCAACUUAACACAUUUACGACAACUCUGGAGACGGCGUCAGCUGACAGUUCGGUACACAGUGCAAACACUGCUGGGAAUACCCUCUGGAACCCGAGGAAAAGCUGCAGAAGUGGAAUUAAAGCGCCAAAUCCUGUGCUGCCUCUGCCAUGGAAUAAUUCUGGGAGCAUUUUUAGCAUCUUUUAGAAGGAGUGCUACACCUGUGCCAUGGUGUGGAGCGUUGGGGGUCAGCAGCGGCGGUUUAGCUCAUGACUGAAAAACAUGAAGCAGCCAGGGAAGUGACACUACAGCGCCAUGGCAUCCAAAGAGAGACUGUACGAGGUCUGGAUGCUCUACUGCACCAAGAGGGAUCCAGAAUACCUGAAGAUAUGGCUGGAGAUUUUCAUCAGCUCCUAUGAGCGGUGCCUGGACGUGGACUUUGAAAAGCCACCUUCGAGGCCAGAUGAGCUUCCUCCCGUGUUGACGCUCCUCCCGGACAACAUCUUGCAGGUUCUGCGCCACCAGCUGCUGCAGUGCGUCCAGAAGGCCUCCGACGGCCUGGAGCCCGAGCAGCAAAACCUGGCUCUGCUGCUGCUCAAGUUCCUCAUCAUCAUCUGCAGGAACCUGUCCAAUGUGGAGGAGAUCGGCACCUGCUCUUACAUCAAUCACAUCAUCAACAUGACGACGCUCUACAUCCAGCAGCUGAAGAGCAAGACGAAGGAGAAGGAGAUGGCUGACCAGAGCCAGGCGGAGGAGUUCGUCCGUCACGCUCUGGCAUUCUGCGAGAGCCUCUACGACCCGUACCGAAACUGGAGGCAUCGAACCUGCGGGCAGCAGCUGGGGACAGUUGAGCGGAGCAGACAGAAGUACAAAGCAGCCCCGCUCACUGUCGAGUUUGUCCCUUUCUUUUACCAGUGCUUCCAGGAGAGCGAGCACCUGAAGGAGAGUCUGAAAUGCUGCCUGCUGCACCUGUUUGGAGCCAUAGUAGCUGGUGAUCAGAGGAACGCUCUGCUGGCCAUCUCUCCGGCCACCAUGGAGGUGUUGAUGCGGGUUUUGUCCGACUGCUCGAUGGGCAGCUGCUCUUCGGAGGAGGGCGAGGACUGGGACAGUGAAGCCCCUGACCGCAAGGCUCUGCUGACGCUGGGCUGCCUGCGGGAGGUAGUGCAGCGCCUCUUGGCCUCCAGCUCCGACCAGCGGCAGGUGGAGAUCGCCUCGGUGCUGGACCACUACUUCAAGCUGCUGAACUCGGACCCGGCCGCCAUCGUUGCCUCCCAGCAGCAGCAGCAGCAGCAGCAGAAGCAGCAAGCCAGGGUCCCGACGCUCGGGCGACACUGGGAGAGCAGAUUUGUGGCGCUGCAAGUGAACAUGCUAGACACCAUCAGGGAGAUGUUCCUGUGCUCAGACAGACCCGUUCUCCAAGCCAUCUUCCUCAAUAGCAACUGCUUCGAGCAUCUGGCACGCCUCCUGCAGAACAGCAAGCUGGUUAACGCUAGGUGCACGGCGGCAGACAAGGACCAGAAAGAUAUAACCAACAACAGGUUACAGACAGGAGAGAGGGACACUCAGGUGUUUCAAGGGCGGCUCGACUCCCUCGCUGUAGCAACCAUCAAGGCCCUGACAACAGUGAUGCACAAAUCACCUGCUGCAAAGGAGGUGUUCAAGGAGAGGAUCGGUUACAAUCACCUGUACGAGGUGCUCACCUCGCUGGGCCAGCCGUCACGACACCUUCUCAAAGAGCUGAUGAACAUGGCGGUGGAGGGCGAGCACACGUCAGUGGGGCUCCUGGGCAUCAGCAACGUGGAGCCCUUGCUGCUGCUGGUCCAGUGGCUGCCGGAGCUGGACUCCUCGGAGCAGCAGCUCUUCACGGCCGACUGGCUGCGCCGCCUCAGCUGCCUGAACCGGCAGACCCGCGCCACAUGUGUCAACGCCGCCAUGGUGAUGCGAGCGCUGUCGGGCUUGGAGCGCCACCAGCGCCUGCAUCGAGCCUGCGCCGAGAGCCUCUUCGGGCUGGUGGGCUCGCUGGGCUCCCAGUCUCUGAGCGCCAAGGAACUCCUGGGACUCCUGCGCCUCCUCAGGCCUCACGAACCCAAUCACGCUCACCCGUACGUAGGUCCCGCCCUCAGAGCCCUGCUGGCCAUGGUGCGGAAGCAGGGCCUGGAGAGCGCCAUGCAGUACUUUGACCUGUCGCCCAGCAUGGCGGGUAUCGUGGUUCCGACAGUGCAGCGCUGGCCCGGUGCCGCCUUCAGCUUCAUCGCCUGGCUGUCGUUGGAUCAGGACCAGCUGGGCCCGGUGAGCAAGGACAAGAGGAAGCAGCUCUACAGCUUCUUCACCCCCGGAGGGACGGGGUUCGAGGCCUUCAUCAGCUCAGAGGGUGUGUUGGUGGUGGCUGUCUGCACCAAGAAGGAGUACGUCACCGUCAUGCUGCCCGACUACUGCUUCUGUGACUCCCUCUGGCACAGCAUCGGGGUGGUGCACGUCCCAGGGAAGAGGCCUUUUGGACAGAGUCUGGUCUACAUUUAUGUGGACGGACAGCAGAAACUGUCGGCCCCCCUCAAGUAUCCCACCAUGACAGAUCCGUUCAUCUCCUGCUGCAUCGGCUCGGCGGGCCACCGGACCACCACUCCCCCGCCCUCCCAGAUCCCAGACCCUCCCUCCGCCUCCACGCCCACCACUCGCUCGUCGCUGGGCGCCAUCUUGUCUCCGCAGACGUGGGGCGGGCUGCUGGGAGGAAAACCCGAGUCCGUCACAAAGCUCAUCUCCGCAGGGACCCAGGACAGCGAGUGGGGGAGUCCCACCUCACUGCAGGGCCAGCUGGGCAGCGUCAUGGUCUUCCACGAACCCCUGCAGCCCAACCACAUCAAAGCCAUCUGUAGUGCCGGUCCAAACUGCAUCUCUCCUUUCAAAACCCAGGAGUCAGAACUCGGCGACCUCUCCACCAAACUGCUGCUUCACUAUUCGCCCAAGGCGUGCAGGAACCCCAUCUGUCUGGACCUGUCUCCGAACAUGCUGCACGGGCGCCUGACUGGGAAUAAAGUUGUCAACUGGGAUAUAAAGGAUAUGAUCAACUGUGUGGGCGGCCUGCUGGUGCUCAUCCCCGUCCUGGAGCAGUUGUCCCUGAUCACUCCCGAUCAACAAACCAGUGAUCCCGGGUCGGACUUCAUCACCCCGGAUGUGACGACUCCGGCCGACGGUGAUUGGGUCAUCCUCCCGUCCAACAGAGCUUCAGAGGCCCGUCUGGAGAAGAAUCUGGUGGCCACCUUCCUGUUGGUGCUGAAGCAUUUCCUGCAGAGACACCUUAUCAACCAGGAGAAUCUGCUGCACUCGCAUGGUGUGGGUACAGUGGGAGCGCUGCUGCAGAAGCUGCCAGCCGGUCACGUGGAUGUCAGCGUUCUGGUCGCCAUGCAGCUGCUGAUCGAACAGGUGACGUUUGAGAAGAACCAGGCUCUGUUGCUGCAACUUCACACACACCUGCUGUUCAACUUCAACAUCUGGAACAAAGGAGACUUCCCUCUGCGCAUAGGUCAUAUCCAGUACAUGUCCACCGUCAUCAAAGAUAACAGGAAGCUGUUCAGAAAGAAAUAUGGCGUUCAGUUCCUUUUGGACACCAUACGUCUUUAUUACGGGAAGACCAGCCAUAAAGACAGUGACCUGAGUGAGGAUGACAUUCGGACCGUGCGGGCGUCUCUCUGCGGACUCAUCAAGUAUUACAUCAGCAAGGGCAUGUCGCAGGAGGAGAUGCACAGCAUUCUGGGAUACGUCGCCGCCAUCGGAGACGAGGACCAGUUGUGUGGGAUGCUGGAGUUGUUGCUCAGCCUCCUUCAGACGAGUCAGGCCAGGGACCAGAUCUUUCUGCUGCUCUUUGAGCCGGCAGCGGCCGACUCCUGCUACGCUCUGCUGCUCAACAACAAGCACUCGGACCGACUCAGAGAGCUCGUCUUCAAGUUGUUUGAGCGCAUGUUGCGCUGCGACCGCGUCUACGAGAAGAAUAAGCAGCGCCUGCGUCUCAGGGAGGCGGGAUACUCCGGCCUGUCGCUGCUCUUCUCUGAACUUCACAUCACUCCCACACUCAUCCGCUGUCUCCUCAACCAGGUCCUGCACACAGAUACUGUGGUGAACUACAAGGACAUGAUGGCUCUGGUGCAGCUCACUCACCGGGCCGGACCCGGGGUACGCCUGCUCGUCUGCAAAAGGGUUUACCAGCUGCUUCAAUCCCAACAAGAUGCUGCCGUGCAGAUCUCCCGGCAGCAGUGUUGGCAGGACACCCUCAUGCGCCUCUACCUGCGGGGGGAAGGCUCUUUGCCUCUGCGUGGCUCGGACACCAUCAGCACCUGCAGCCUGGACCUCGGCCGACCAGGCGGCUCGAACCGCCUGGAGCUUCCUCUGGAGAGGAGGUCGAGGACGGGCAGCCGCCUGGAGGACGACCGGCUCAGCGUCGGGGAAACGCGCUCCGUGGACAGUCUGGAGAACGGGGACGUCAUCUCCCUGCUGGACACGCCGUCUUCCUCAGCCUCCACCAAGCCCUGGGUGGUGGGGAAGUCUGGGGGCUUGACGCUGGAUCUGUCCCACCUGCAGGGCUUCGAGGGCGGGGACAGCGGCAGCCAGACGCCCGGCAGCGCUCCGAGCACGCCGUCGCCUCUGGAGACAUUGAAGCCUUUCCCAGGGAGCGGCGCAGACCAAGAUGCAACGCCCUCCGUGACUGAGGACAGCUUCCUGUUCAGCGACAACAUCUCACUGGGGGAGUCCUUCAACAACGAGCGAGCGGAAGAGGAGCUGUGCAGCAUGCUGCUGGAGAUCGUGCUGUGUGUGAUGUGGAGAGGCGUCGAAGGCUCGGAUGAUUCAGCGUGGCUGGAGAGAGGCCAGGUGUUCUCGGCUCUCACCAAACUGGCAACCGCCAACGAGCUGCUGCUUCCUGUCGACCAAAUCAAGCUCAGUCUGAUGGAGCGUAUGUUGGAGUGGGCGGUGUGCGAUAACCGCGAGGCGUCGGCCGCCACUCUGCCGCAGCACACGGAGAACGCUGUGCGGCUGCUGCACAUGGUUCAGGACUUCCUGCAGGCGGAGGGGCUGGUGAGCCCGGCGCUGUGGACGGAGAAGGUCCUGGAGGAGACGGUGACGCUGAUGGACAGCCUCAUGGUGUGGUACUCCUCCGGCUCGCAGUGGUUCCAGCUCUCGCAGGUCGGACUCCGGCUGCUGCUGGGCUUCAUGGCGCAGGAGGAUCCAGAGGUGUGUGCCAUGGCCACCGCAAAGCUGAACGGCAUCCUGCAGACCAAGGAGGUGUCAAGCCAGGACGAGGCCUGCUACCUGCUGGGGAAGGUGGAGGGCAUUCUGCGGCGCUCCAUCCAGGCGCAGACGGAGGAGACGUACUCCUUCCUGGUUCCUCUGCUGCGGACGCUGCUCUCCAAGGUGCACCGCCUUCUCUACAUGGAGCUGCACCUCCCCCAGCUGCCCGACACCAACGGCAGCCCGUCCUUCUUCGAAGACUUCCAGCUGUACUGCAAAUCCCCAGAGUGGCGGGUCUACCUCGACAAAUACAUCAUCCCGUACAUGAAGCAGUAUGAAAUUGAGACCUUCAGUCAGGGUCACGAGACCAUGGCGCUCUACUGGAAGGAAUGCUACGAGGCGUUCAUGGUCAGCCUGCACAAGAGGGAGAGGGAGAGGGGGGAGAGCAAGAUCCGCUUCCAGGAGCAAUUUGUGGAGCCGUUCUCCCGGCGCGGCCGCCAGGAGAACCUGCGCUACAACAGCAUGUUGAAGCAGCAGCACAGCCAGAACAGCGCCACCCUCAGGCAGUGGAAGGCAGCGCGCCGAGGGCUGGUGUGUGAGAGAGGGCCGUGGGCCGACAGGCAGCAGGACGAGAUGCACUGGAGGGUUUCCAGUGCGGAGAACUUCUCCCGCAUGAGGCUGAAGCUGGUGCGUAAUUACAACUUCGAUCCACACCGAGAGGCCAGCGCUCUCAGAGACAACCUGGGCGUCCAUCAGCAGCGAGUCAACCCCGAGUCUCUGCUGCUGGAGGCCGUGAAGCAGGUGAAGGUGAGCGACCUGGAAGAUGACAUCCUGGAUCUGCCGGAGGACGAUCCUGCUGCCGCCAGCAACCAGGUGGAGGUAGAGGAGGCGGGUCAGAAGGAGAAACUGGUCCUCUGGGAGGACUGCGAGCUGGUGACCGUGGUGGACGUGGUGCCCGGCCGCCUGGAGCUCACCACCCAGCACAUCUACUUCUACGACAGCAGCCAGGAGAAGGAGGAAGGAGUGGGCCAUGACUUCAAGUGGCCUCUCUCUCAGAUCCGAGAGGUCCAUCUGCGGCGCUACAACCUCCGCCGCUCGGCCCUGGAGAUCUUCCUCAUCGACCAGACCAAUUACUUCCUGAACUUCAAGAAGGAGGUGAGGAAUAAAGUCUACAGCCGCAUGUUGCUGCUGCGAUCGCUCAGCCUGUACGGGACCCGCUCCCCUCAGGAGCUCCUCAAAGCGUCUGGACUCUCACAGAAAUGGGUGAACAGGGAGAUUUCCAACUUCGACUACUUGAUGCAACUCAACACGAUCGCAGGCAGGACGUACAACAACCUCGCCCAAUACCCAGUGUUCCCCUGGAUCCUAGCUGACUACACUUCAGAGGAGCUGGACCUGUCCGACCCUCGGGUUUUCCGGGAUCUCUCAAAGCCUGUGGCGGUUCUUAACGAACGCAACGCCAAGGCAGUGCGAGAGAAGUAUGAGAGUUUCGAGGAUCCAACGGGAACCAUCGACAGGUUCCAUUACGGCACCCACUACUCCAACGCUGCCGGGGUGAUGCACUACCUCAUGAGAGUGGAGCCCUUCACCUCGCUGCACAUCCAGCUGCAGAGCGGACGGUUCGAUUGCGCCGACCGGCAGUUCCACUCGAUCCCGGCCACGUGGCAGACGCUCAUGGACAACCCCAAUGACGUGAAGGAGCUCAUCCCUGAGUUCUUCUACUUCCCAGAAUUCCUGGAGAACAAAAACGGUUUCGAUCUGGGUCGCUUGCAGAUCUCCAAGGAACGAGUGAAUGACGUUGUUCUGCCAAAAUGGGCCAAGUCCCCGGAGGAUUUCAUCUACAAACACCGCAAAGCCCUGGAGUCUGAGAACGUGUCGGCUCACCUUCACGAGUGGAUCGAUCUGAUCUUUGGGUACAAGCAGCGGGGCCCUGCAGCCGUGGAGGCCCUCAACGUCUUCUACUACUGCACGUAUGAAGGAGCGGUGGACCUCGACGCCAUCACUGACGAAAAGGAGCGCAAGGCCCUGGAAGGCAUGAUCAGCAAUUUCGGACAGACACCCUGCCAGUUACUCAAGGAGCCGCAUCCGGUGCGUCUGUCUCAGGAGGAGGUGGAGAAGAGGAAGGCUCAGCUGGACUCGUCUCCUCUUAACAUGUUCGAGCACCUCGGCGACCUCAAGUCCUUCUUUGUGGAGGGCAUCAGUGACAACGUGCCGAUAGUGAAGGCCGUGGUGCCGAAGAACCAGUCCCAUUCCUUCAUCACCCAGGGGAGCCCGGACACCAUGGUGACGGUGAGUAAGAACUGCCUGGUCGGGACCCAUGGGUGGCUGCCUUACAACAAGAACAUCUCCAACUACUUCACCUUCAUCAAGGACCCCACUGUGUCCAAUGCAAAGACGCAGCGCUUCCUCUCCGGGCCCUUCGCCCCCGGUGUAGAGGUCACAGCCGGGCUGUUCGUCGUGUCCCACGAUGGAAAGCUGCUCUUCAGCGGGGGCCACUGGGACAACAGCCUGCGGGUCACCUCGCUGCUCAGGGGCAAGACUGUCGGACAGCACAUCCGACACAUGGACAUUGUGACCUGCUUGUCGACAGACCACUGCGGCAUCCACCUGAUAUCUGGCUCCAGAGACAUGACCUGCAUGGUGUGGCAGGUGCUGCAGCAGGGUGGAGCUCCCGUUGGUCUGCAUCCCAAACCGGUGCAGGUGUUGUACGGACACACGGACGAGGUGGUGAGCGUCAGCAUCAGCACCGAGCUGGACAUGGCUGUGUCUGGAUCACGGGACGGGACGGUGAUCAUCCACACGGUGCGUCGCGGUCAGUACAUGCGUUGCUUACGGCCGCCGUGCGACAGCUCCCUGCCGCUCUCCAUCCUCCACCUGGCCGUGUCCUGGGAGGGUCACCUGCUUGUUCACACCUGCAUCGAGGGCAAGGCCACGCUCAAGGAUAAGAACGCCCUGCACCUUUACUCUGUGAAUGGGAAGCACCUGUGCAGCGAGCCUCUGAAGGAGCAGCUGACUGACAUGUGUGUGUCAGGAGAGUAUGUGGUCAUCGGCAGCGAGCAGGGAUACCUGACCAUCCGGGACCUCUACAGUCUGUCUCUGUGUUCGGAGCCCAUGGCCAUGAGGGUGCCGGUGCGCUGCGUGUCGGUGACGAAGGAGCAGAGCCACGUCCUGGUCGGCCUGGAGGACGGAAAGCUGAUCAUCGUGGGCGUGGGCAAGCCGGCGGAGAUGCGCUCGGGCCAGAUCACGAGGAAGCUGUGGGGCAGCAAGAAACUGACGCACAUUUCCUCGGGGGAAACGGUGUACAAAACGCAGCACGACUGACCCAACCUUCCACAUUCCUGUCACACAGUCACCUCCAUACCCAUCAAAGUCAUCCAGUGUGAAGAACUCCUUCCUGCAUGUGUGUGUGAUUUUGGAUUGAGAUCACGGCGCUGGCGCUGUUGUUUGAAUCCAGAAGUAAAACCAGCCUCAGCACCACCAUAACACUACAAACUAUCCCCAGCCAUCGUCCUUUUUUACCUGAUGUGUGUGUGUGUGUGUGUGUGUGUGUGUGUGUGUGUGUGUGUGUGUGUGUGUGUGUGUGUGUGUAGUGGAUAUUCUGUCAAAAUAUAGUUUAAAGCGUCUCUUAGUUUGCCUUAAAGCUGCCACACAGCAGCACCAUCACUCACAGGACCUCUCCGGUUCUUGUUUAUAUCGUCUUUAUUUUUAUUCCUGGUUUCUUCGGGUCUUCUGUUGGUUUUUGGACAGAUUUAUGCAUGAACCUAACAACCUCUGUUCGUCUGCACGGCAUUUUUUUUUGGACCAUUUUGAGAUUGAGAAGCAGACUUAGUGAUGGGGGACUUAUUUUAGGCUUAGAUUGACUUGUUUUGUUCUAGAAACAUCUGUCUUUAAUGUUAGAAACACUACAGGCGUGAGGAUGUAUCACAGAGCCACACAACACAUCAUCGAAUGUUUUUAAGUUACUUGAAUCCAUGUUUAUUUAUAAGUAAAGGUAGCAGUCUUUAAAAUCACACCUUGUCUCUUGAACACCGGUUCUCAAACUGUAACGACUGUUAGGAGACCUGCAAAAGAAGAAGGAAUAAUAAAGGGCUCUACGAGAUGUCAGUGUUAACAGCAAUACAGCUUUUAUUUUCCGUCUUCCUACAGCUUAUGGAACAACACAUGCUCCCUAAUUCUCUCCUUUAUUCAUCAUUGCCUCAUCCUUUAUUUCUGCUUCUCCUUCCUGCUCAUUGUGAAGUGACUGAGUUUGUCUUUAUAACGCGAGAAGGUUUUUGCAUGCCUCGAGUGUGUGAAACAUCAGCAUCACAAACAGCCACAGCGUGAAGCUCCUGUGGAUGUAAUUUAUAUUUUUGCACCAUACCUGUGUGUGUCUGAUUGUGUGUGUGUGUGUGUGUGAGGACAUGCCGAUGAUGCAUGUUUAUUUUUUAUAGCUGUUGAUGUGGUGUUUGGAAUUUUUGGGUCUUAUUUAAAUGUCACAACAAGACCAAUCUGUGUCCUUCUUUUUGAGACUUACUGUCAUUUUCUGAGUUCCUCAUUUGUCGUCCAGACCACUGUUUGAGUUGUUCCACGACUGCAACAAACGGAGUGCCUUUUUAUCCCAGCGUGGCAUUGACACAGGUUUCUUAUCAUCACCGAAGCUUAUCGUCCCGACCUUUUAGUGUAAAUCAAAGCAGCAUUCCAGAUGAUAAAUCUUCCCAGUUUCAACGGGAAGAGCAUAGGACUUCAAAACUAAAAACUAUUUUGUGUCUUCUUGUGUCACCAAAUGUGUAUAUCUGUGAUUAUUUAUGAAUACAGUAUAUAAUGUACAGCAUGAUUUUUAUUUCAGCGUAUUUGAAAUGUACUUUUUGCACUUUCCAGGUACUAAAAUUGUUUUAACUUGGCUCCCUUAAUCUGUAUAAACUGCUUUAUAUACACAAGUGGAAAAAUGAUCAUUAAAGUCUUGUCUAGAUUUAA